AUGCUAAUAGAGUCUCCUAUAGCUCGAUACAAUGAUGCUGCCGACAACGAGGACGGCGGCCUCCUGGUCCUUCGUGCCAAGCCUUCGUCGGCCCUCGUCGCCCACCGGUCCAUCCUCCCAAUCGCCCAGGAGCCCACCAAGGGCCUCGUUCAAUAUGCGCUCACCACCCUCGAUAUCAUGGCGAACUGGGCCCGUCAAUCCUCCCUCUGGCCCAUGACGUUCGGUCUCGCCUGCUGCGCCGUCGAGAUGAUGCAUCUUUCCACCCCUCGAUACGAUCAGGAUCAUGGCCCCGCUCUUCGACAGGUCUACGAUCAGAUGCCCGAGCCUCGAUGGGUUAUCAGCAUGGGUAGCUGCGCCAACGGUGGUGGUUACUACCACUACUCGUACAGCGUCGUCCGUGGCUGCGACCGAAUCGUGCCCGUCGACGUCUACGUCCCCGGCUGCCCUCCCACAAGCGAGGCGCUCAUGUACGGUAUCUUCCAGCUCCAGAGGAAGAUGAGGAAUACCAAGAUUACGAGAAUGUGGUACCGCAAGUAA